UCUCUCUCUCUCGCUCGAUCGCUCUCUCGAUCGAGCUUCAACAAUGGCGAAGGCGAAGGCGAAGGCGAAGGGAUCUACGGCGCACGUGCUCCGCGUCGCCCUCUUCUCGCGGGUCAUCCUUCUAACCCUAAUCGCCCUGUGGCGCCUCCUCUUCUCCCCCUACGACACCUCCGCCUCGCUAAACCCUAACUGCCUCUCCUCCUCCUCCUCCCCCUCCGCCACCGCCGCCGGCGGCGGCGGCGGCGGUGGAGAGGGGGAUGGGAGCCGAUCUUCUCCGCCGGAUGCGUUGGCGCUGCCGAGCGCGGCGGCGGCGAUCGGAUCCAGCGUCGUGUGGGACGGCGUCUACUUCGUCCGGAUCGCCGAGUGCGGCUACGAGUACGAGCAGAGCUUCGCCUUCCUCCCCCUCCUCCCCGUCGCCAUUUCCCUCCUCUCGAGAUCCGUUUUUGCCCCAUUAAUUCCAUUAAUCGGGUAUAGAGCAGUAUUGGCUUUGUCGGGCUAUGUGCUGAAUAAUGCUGCUUUUGUAUUUGCCGCUGUAUAUUUCUACAGGCUAUCUUUGUUGAUUCUAAAGGAUGAAGCAACUGCCUUAAGAGCAUCUAUUCUAUUCAGCUUCAAUCCAGCUUCUGUGUUCUACUCAUCAAUAUAUUCGGAGAGUCUAUAUGCCUUAUUCUCACUUGGAGGGCUGUUCUACUUAUUCUCUGGUGCUAAAACUGUAGCCAUGAUCCUGCUUGCUCUCUCUGGCUCGGCUAGGUCGAAUGGAGCGCUAAAUGCUGGUUAUUUCUGUUUUCAGGCCAUGCUACAAGCUUAUGGUGCAAUUUAUCAGAAAAGGAAGCCGAUAUUGGCAGUACAGGCUAUUGCUGCUGGAGUUGUGCAGUCUCUCUUCGUAUUUGUUCCGUUUCUCGCUUUCCAAGCAUAUGGUUAUCUAAACAUCUGCUUGAUUGGAAAUUCCUAUGAACCAAGGCCGUGGUGCAAAGCAAAAAUCCCUCUUUUGUAUGGCUUUAUUCAAAGUCAUUACUGGGGGGUGGGUUUCUUGAGAUAUUUUCAAGCCAAGCAGCUGCCCAACUUUCUUCUUGCUUCUCCUAUACUUUCUCUAGCAGUUUGCUCGAUUGUUCAUUAUGUAUCUAUUCUAUAUCGAAAAUUUCCAUUAUCAUCUAUGCAUAAAGAAAUUAUAUAUGCCGCUGAGAUGAAGUCAAUGGGAACAAAUGAAGGCUCAGAUGAUAUGUGGAUUUCAAAUAGCAAGCUUUCAUCUAAAAGUACUCGAGCAGAUCAUAUGGUUAGACAGAGGAAGCAGGAAGGAAGAAAUGGGGCUCAAUCUUCGCAAGAUAAAAAGUCAAUGGGCCGAACUCUCCCCGAUGGAAUGCAGGGAGAGAGCUCUAUCAUGGUUCUUCCCUUCAUUUUGCAUCUUGCGUUCAUGACAUUCACGGCAUUUUUCGUGAUGCAUGUGCAGGUUGCAACACGAUUCCUCUCGGUGAGCCCGCCGAUAUACUGGUUUGCUUCGUAUGUAUUGGCUUCUCCGAGUAGUUAUAAAAAGUGGGGUUAUUUAAUCUGCGUUUACUUUGUUACUUACAUUCUCCUCGGCAGCUUGCUCUUCUCCAACUUCUAUCCUUUCACAUGAGAAGCUUGAAUGAAGCCUUAUAAUCCCCGAUUUUGCUUCAUUCUUCGUUUUCUCUCUCUUUUGCCUUGUUGUAAAAUUUAGGUUAGAAAAGGUGCUCGGAGAUGAUUCUACUUUUGCUUUUGAUAGUAAUACACUUAAGAAAUAGCCAGAUCUAUUAUGUAUGUUGGUAUGUGAGUUCUUUUAUUUUGUUUAUUGAGAUGAAUAUUUGUAAGAUCACUCACUCAUGUAGUUAGCUUGUUAUUCUCUUGCUUGCAACUAUUGAAGACUCGAGAUCAAAAGCCUUGUUCUGAUUAUGCGACGAAAAUUUGUUUGGGGAAAGCUAAUGGAAUAGAUGUGAUAGAGCAAUUGCUACC